CGCACCAGGACUUGUCCCAGAAGAUCGCCGACCGCUUGGGCCUGGAGCUGGGCAAGGUGGUCACCAAGAAGUUCAGCAACCAGGAGACAUGGUGAGGCGGGGCGGGGCGCGGCCGCACUACAGCUCCCGGCAGGCCUCGCGACGCUGCGGCGCUGGGUACCGCGCGGUCUGCGCGCGGAGGAUGAUGGGGGUUGUAGUUUGAGGGCCGUGCGGUCGGGCCCGGCUGCAGAACUGAGCUCGGAGACCUCUCCAGAGCGCUCCCGCCGGGCCCCUGCUGCCCCGGAGCCCUCGGGUGCAUCGUGCACGUCCCCCGGGCACAGGCGGGUCUCGGUGCGGGACGAGGCCGGGCCGCGGUGCGCCCCGGGAGCCAUGUGCGGCCCGGGCCGUGCCUCCAGCGGCCCCCGCCUCACGGCGCGGGCCCCACGCGGGCUCCCCCCCGCCGCCUUUGGGGCUUCCAGCGCCCCUUUUGGGGCUUCAUCAGCAGCCGAGGCCGCGCGGGGCUCCUGAGCUUGCAGGGUUUGUAUGACCUGGCCGCUGUGGCCACUGUUGGAGCGGUGCAAUUCGCCACCCGGACCUUGCCCUCUCCACCCCGAAGCCGCGACCUGAUGGGACGGCGCAACUCGGAGUUAAACCUACACUGACCAGGCUUUUUCAUGCUUAAAUCGUGGAAAUAGGUGAGAGUGUUCGUGGGGAGGAUGUCUACAUUGUGCAGAGUGGCUGUGGGGAAAUCAAUGACAAUCUGAUGGAGCUCCUCAUCAUGAUAAAUGCCUGCAAGAUUGCCUCAGCCAGCAGAGUCACAGCUGUCAUCCCCUGCUUCCCUUACGCCCGGCAGGACAAAAAGGACAAGAGUCGAGCUCCAAUCUCUGCCAAGUUGGUUGCAAACAUGCUGUCUGUGGCAGGUGCAGAUCACAUCAUCACCAUGGACCUGCAUGCAUCUCAGAUUCAGGGUUUUUUUGACAUCCCUGUUGAUAAUUUAUAUGCUGAGCCUGCUGUACUGAAAUGGAUCAAAGAGAAUAUUCCAGAGUGGAAGAACUGCACCAUUGUUUCACCAGAUGCUGGUGGAGCCAAGAGAGUGACCUCCAUUGCAGAUCGCUUGAACGUGGACUUUGCCCUCAUCCACAAGGAGCGCAAGAAGGCCAACGAGGUCGAUCGCAUGGUGCUGGUGGGGGACGUCAAGGACAGAGUGGCUAUCCUGGUGGAUGACAUGGCAGACACGUGUGGCACCAUCUGCCACGCUGCAGACAAGCUUGUGUCAGCUGGAGCCACCAAAGUUUAUGCCAUCUUAACUCAUGGGAUCUUUUCUGGGCCAGCAAUUUCCCGCAUUAACAAUGCCUGUUUUGAGGCAGUUGUAGUCACAAACACAAUACCCCAGGAGGACAAGAUGAAGCAGUGCCCUAAAAUCCAGGUGAUUGACAUCUCCAUGAUCCUUGCAGAGGCCAUCAGGAGGACUCAUAAUGGGGAAUCUGUUUCCUACCUAUUCAGCCAUGUCCCUUUAUAACAACAGAUGUCAGCUGCUGCUUGUAUGGCUUUUUUUUUUAAAACCAAAAGUUGUUCAGCUUGUUGUAAAGUUCAGUAGAAGACUCUGCUUGUUCCAGUGCAGUUCUCCACAUCUCCUGCUUAAGUCAGGCUUACUGGCUCUGUUCCCAGCACUGGGAGGCUGGAGGGGAAAGCUCAUGUUUAUAACAGCCAACUCCACCAGCACCCCUGUGCAUGGAGCUGGUCAGUAGCACUGACUCAAUUCUGCAGGUCUGUGGAGAGCAGGACUGACACAUGGCUAAUUGCCACAAUUAUUUUGAGGGGGGGAGGGAGAGGGUUUGUCUGUGGGCAGGGUUAGAUGAUCUGGCAUGUGCAUUCUAAAUUGUUUGGGAAGUAGAGCUCCCUAGGACAUGUUGAUCUGGAUCUACAGCAAGAGCCCAAGAGACUGCUGGCUGUCUUACCACUCUGUACCUGACAGAGCCCUUGGAGAGUGGUGGGGAAGGCUUGUGUCUUGGCCAAGCUUGACCCUUGUGAAGCCCUGGGAGACACCAUGGGAGUUGUUCUGCUACAGCUUCCUCCCAUAAAAGGAGAUCAGUGUAGCUUGCAAACUUGAAUUCUUCUUAAUUGUUGAUGAAAUUAAAUGCCCUUUAGUGCACUACACAGCAAAGUGAGGGUGAGAGCAGAGUCUGUGCAGUGCUGUACUAGCUUAGUGGGGAAGGUGCAUCCUGGACAAGUGUUCUUUUCCAAAAGCUCUGACAUAGAGAACUUGUGGUGGUUGUGUGCUUUGGUUUCUAGUGCAGGCUAAAGCCAGCUUCUCAAUUUCACAGCUUCCUGUUAGCCUUGCUAGCUAACUAGAGCUCUGCUGUCAUGUGCUGCAGCUGCACCUUGACCUGCUGUGCAACCCCCAACACUUUUUUUACCAGUACAGUAGUAACAGAGCCUCUGUCCAACAGCAGCAAGGUUGUUGCAUCUAGCAAGUGCCUGCUCAGAUGCUGGGGUGACCUGAAACACAACAGCUUUGUGUCCAGCUGGCUCAGCCUCUCACUCAAUGCCUGUUACAGUCCUGCUAUCCUGGAAGUUAUUGAGACAUUGUCCUGCUCACUGUCUGCCUUUCCUUGAAAGCCUUGCUUCUUGCAAAAUACCCUAAGCCAAGGAGCACUGCAGGUUGCAGGACAACAGAACCUGAAGAACCCUUGGAGUAGGUCUGAUGCUUCCCAGGAGUGUUCAUGGCAAUGGGUUGAAGAGGCUGGUGAUACAUAAUGCUGGGAGAACUACAGAUUUAACACCAACCUGACAGGCCACAAAGUGCCUGAAAGAAAAAUACCAAAACUAGAGCUGGCUGAGGCUCUUGGAUGUAAUAAGUAUCAUCUGAAACUUGAAUACUUUGAAAAUGUACCAGACAAUCGUAAGGUAAACUGCUAAGUCUCUCUUGAACUCUUACGGUUUAUAGACCAAACUGUUUUAUUCUGGUUUUCUUUUGUUUUGGUUUUUUUGUUUGUUUUUUUUAAUAAGCACUCCUUUUUUAUUUGUUUUUGAGCUGGAGGAAGGGAAAAAGGGAAAAGAAGGAACUUGAAAAUUCUUUCUACAGUAACCAGCAUGGCUUUGAGAGGCUGGGGGCUGGGGUAUAAGUGGAACUAACUGAAAGAUGUGGUUAAAAUCUAGGGAAGUACUUCUUUAGUUGUGCCUUUUACUGAAGACUUCUCUCCCUUCCUAAACUCCUGUCCUGUGGCAACAUUAACACUUCUAUUAGUGUAGAGCUUUUCUUUUUGUAUAAGAAUUGGUGUUUGUCUGGAAACUGUGCAUCUCUUGCUUCUUUGCUUUGCAUCCUGCACUGAGCUCUCCUGAGAGUCUGUGAUCCCACCUGUAUGGGAGCCCCUGCUGCCAUCCUGCUGCUGCUCUGAGAGCCAAAGGCCAGGACAUCAGAGCAGUGCUGGGAGGAUUUUCAGCAGCAUUUGUGUUUAAAGUUAAGACCUGAUGAAGGAAUUAAACUUUUAUUUAAAAACCA